CUGCGCCAGCGCGAAGGCAAGUCAGGCAACGCGACGGCCAUCGGACCAGGGACUUAAUCUUCGCCGUAUUGUGCGUACUCAGGACGUCGCGGGUUGAGAACCGCGAAGGUACACCACGCCGACAUGGAUGACGACGAUGCCUUCCUUUAUGGAGAGUCCAAGGACAAUGCAGAACAUGCCCGUGUGCAGUCGCCCGUGCAAACACCCGCAACGCAUAAUGCAGUGCCACAGCCAAUAUCGCUUGAACAGACGAAGUCUGUCACCCAAGGUUUAGUUGCCACUCUUGAGGCGGAGGCUGCGGAGACAGACAACGCGGAUGGUACGCCCGAAGCUCCAGAGCCCAAAGAAGAAGAAGAAGAAGAGGAGGAGGAGGAGGCUGGCGGCGGCGGAGAAGAGGAGGAGGAAGAGGAAGAGAGUGAUGAUGAUAUUGAGAUCAUCAUGGAGCAACCCUCGCGGUCUCUGGACCUCAGGCAACAAAACGGAAGACCAAUGCCAGCCAGGACAACGAGCACUAGUACGCCUGUUCGACCGGCACCGGCUCCGUCACUCACGACCGAGUACACCCCACGAGAACGAGGGUCCCUCACAAAACUGGCUACUCCACAACCGUCGACGCAAUCGCCACGUCCAGGUCAGACCGGAGCAGCCGGUUCCCAGAGCUCAAUAGAAGGGCACACACAGGCCGACGGCACUGGUCCUGACCCUGCUACCCUCCCCCCUACCACAGCACCUCCGUCACAUCCCUCCAUUAAUCCUGCUAUUCCAGGAACACUCGAUGGUCGGUCCAUCCUUGAAGUCGACCUAACUGCCCUCGCGGAGAAGUCAUGGAGGCGGCCAGGUUCUGAUCUGAGCGACUGGUUCAACUAUGGCUUCGACGAGAUCUCGUGGGAGGCUUAUUGUUACAGGAGACGCGAGUUGGGCGAGGUCGCAAGCGUGCUGAAGAACAACGUCUUAAACUUCGCCGGCAUGCCAGAAGACCAACUCACCGCCCUCCCACCCGAGAUACGCAGCAUGGUCAUCGCAGGCUCCACCGCCAUGAUGAAUGGCGGCGGGGGCGGCCCCGGCGGCAUGAUGCCUCCCGGCGGUAUGAACAUGAACGGGAACCCGAUGAUGGGCCAGAUGAUGAACAUGCCAAUGAUGAAUCCCAUGAUGCAGGAUAUGGGUAUGGGCAUGGGCGAGAUGGGUAUGGGUAUGGGUGGCGGGCCGGGUAUGCAGAUGGGCAUGGGUGGCCCCGGCGGCGGCCCUGGCAUGCAGAUGGGCAUGAUGCAAGGGGAGGGUGCGCCUGCUGGUGGCCCGGGAGCACAGUCUGGAGCGGGCGGGCAGCCGAGCUCUGAAGGUGGGAUGGGCUUGGGUGACGGCUUUGGACCUGGUGUCAAUGGUCCUGGCCCAGGGAUGGGCGGUGGCGACUUCAACAUGCAGGAACCGGGCAACAUGGGCCAACAGCCCGGCCAGCAGAUGUUCGGCGGAGCAGAGGGCAACCACACUCCAGCUCCCACCAGUACUCCUACCCCUACACGCGGCGGCGGGCCCAUGCCAGGUUCAUUCCGUGGUCGUGGUAUACCGCCUUCGAUGCCUGCGCGCGGACGAGCGGCCUACGCACCUCGCGGUCGCGUUCUUGCAAGGCCUGCAUCGCCAUUGCCUCCGAACGUCCCCACUGGUCCGCGCAAUAAGACGAAGUACAGGGACAUUGAUGGCAGUGCGCCUGCCGUGGACGGCCUGGACUAUGGUGGGGGCGGGGGCGGCAGCAGUAGCAGGGACGAUCGAGGAGAGAGGAGCCGGGGCACCCCAGAUGAUGAGCGAAGCAGCAGCAGGAAGCGGAGAAGCUCUCCUGGACUGGACGAUCGCAGGGAAUCCAAACGGCGAUGACCGUUUCAGACUCUUGUUCUGUGUUGUGCGCGGCGUACUUGCUCGUUGUAUCCCACCUCCAAUGCGAGCAGCUCUUCUGACUUCACCGCGUCUCUUCUGGUGCGGCACGGGU